AUGGGACUCUCACCCUGCCUGUUGUCGGUUUUAUCACGACACCCUCACACUGCUCGCAUCAGCGGUGUUAUUCUCUCGACGCAGAUCUUGGCGCAGGGCUUCUGUCACACAUCUCCGCGUGAGCACAUACGCAAGUCCGAGCAAGUCAACCUCGCGAUCCCUGACACUACGGGCAUCCGCGAGCUGUUCAAGCACGUCACAGAACUUUGCGCGAGAGAUCAUCCACCCUCCAUCUACAACGUGUCCGCCAUCGUCGCUGUCGUCGUAAUGACGACCGAGUACGACAUCUCUUCUAACAUUCCAGGAUUCGCAUUUUAG